UUGAGCCAGCGAGGAGUGAAGCUGAACCUGGCCUCACACGCUCCUAGAGGACCACCUCCUGAGACAGAGUUCUUUUUCCCCCUUCUUCUUCUUUCUCCAAGCUCCCCUCCUGCCCUCCCUCCCUGCCCAGUACAAUGCAUUCUUGAGUGGCAGCGUCUGGACUCCAGGCAGCCCCAGAGAACCGGAGCAAGCCAAAGAGAGAGGACUGGAGCCAAGACACUCUGGUGGGGGAGCUUGGAUGCCUGGCUUCCUUUGAGGACAUCUUUGGAACGAGGGUGGCUUUGGGGUGGGGAGUUGUGCUGCAGGGAAUCCAGCCAGGCCCCAAGAUGGACACUUCUGGGCACUUCCAUGACUCCGGGGUGGGGGACCUGGAUGAAGACCCCAAGUGCCCCUGUCCAUCCUCCGGGGAUGAGCAGCAGCAGCAGCAGCCGCCACCGCCGCCGCCACCAGCACCAGCACCACCAGCAGCCCCCCAGCAGCCCCCAGGACCCCCGUUGCAGCCUCAGCCUCCGCAGCUUCAGCAGCAGCAGCAGCAGCAGCAGCCGCAUCCCCUGUCUCAGCUCGCCCAACUCCAGAGCCAGCCCAUCCACCCCGGCCUGCUACACUCCUCUCCCACUGCUUUCAGGGGCCCCCCUUCAUCCAACUCCACCGCCAUCCUCCACCCUUCCUCCAGGCAAGGCAGCCAGCUCAAUCUCAAUGACCACUUGCUUGGCCACUCUCCAACUUCCACAGCCACAAGUGGGCCUGGUGGAGGAGGCCGGCACCGGCAGGCCAGCCCCCUGGUGCACCGGCGGGACAGCAACCCCUUCACAGAGAUAGCCAUGAGCUCCUGCAAGUACAGCGGUGGGGUCAUGAAGCCCCUCAGCCGGCUCAGCGCCUCCCGGAGGAACCUCAUCGAGGCUGAGCCCGAGGGCCAGCCCCUCCAGCUCUUCAGCCCCAGCAACCCCCCGGAGAUCGUCAUCUCCUCCCGGGAGGACAACCAUGCCCACCAGACCCUGCUCCAUCACCCCAAUGCUGCCCACAACCACCAGCACGCCGGCGCCACCGCCAGCAGCACCACCUUCCCCAAAGCCAACAAGCGGAAAAACCAAAACAUUGGCUAUAAGCUGGGACACAGGAGGGCCCUGUUUGAAAAGAGGAAGCGACUGAGUGACUAUGCUCUGAUUUUUGGGAUGUUUGGAAUUGUUGUUAUGGUGAUAGAGACCGAGCUCUCUUGGGGUUUGUACUCAAAGGAUUCCAUGUUUUCACUGGCCCUGAAAUGCCUUAUCAGUCUGUCCACCAUCAUCCUUUUGGGUUUGAUCAUCGCCUAUCACACACGUGAAGUCCAGCUCUUCGUGAUCGACAAUGGUGCGGACGACUGGCGGAUAGCCAUGACCUACGAGCGCAUCCUCUACAUCAGCUUGGAGAUGCUGGUGUGCGCCAUCCACCCCAUUCCUGGCGAGUACAAGUUCUUCUGGACGGCGCGCCUGGCCUUCUCUUACACACCCUCGCGGGCGGAGGCCGACGUGGACAUCAUCCUGUCCAUCCCGAUGUUCCUGCGCCUGUACCUGAUCGCCCGCGUCAUGCUACUGCACAGCAAGCUCUUCACGGACGCCUCGUCCCGCAGCAUCGGGGCCCUCAACAAGAUCAACUUCAACACGCGCUUCGUCAUGAAGACCCUCAUGACCAUCUGCCCCGGCACCGUGCUCCUCGUGUUCAGCAUCUCACUGUGGAUCAUCGCUGCCUGGACCGUCCGCGUCUGCGAAAGGUACCAUGACCAGCAGGACGUAACUAGUAACUUUCUGGGUGCCAUGUGGCUCAUCUCUAUCACAUUCCUUUCCAUUGGUUAUGGGGAUAUGGUGCCCCACACAUACUGUGGGAAAGGUGUCUGUCUUCUCACGGGCAUCAUGGGUGCGGGCUGUACUGCCCUGGUGGUGGCCGUGGUGGCCCGAAAGCUGGAACUCACCAAAGCAGAGAAGCACGUUCACAACUUCAUGAUGGACACUCAGCUCACCAAACGGAUCAAGAAUGCUGCGGCCAAUGUCCUUCGGGAAACGUGGCUAAUCUAUAAACACACAAAGCUGCUAAAGAAGAUUGACCACGCCAAAGUCAGGAAACACCAGAGGAAAUUCCUCCAAGCAAUCCACCAACUGAGGAGCGUCAAGAUGGAGCAGAGGAAGCUGAGUGACCAAGCCAACACCCUGGUGGACCUUUCCAAGAUGCAGAACGUCAUGUAUGACUUAAUCACAGAACUCAAUGAUCGGAGCGAAGAUCUGGAGAAACAAAUCGGCAGUCUGGAGUCGAAGCUGGAGCACCUCACCGCCAGCGUCAAUUCCCUGCCCCUGCUCAUCGCGGACACCCUGCGCCAGCAGCAGCGGCAGUUCCUGUCUGCCCUCACGGAGGCCCGGGGCGUCAGCGUGGCAGUGGGCACCACCCACACCCCACUCUCCGACAGCCCAAUCGGGGUCAGCUCCACCUCCUUCCCAACCCCGUACACGAGUUCAAGCAGUUGCUAAAUAAAACUCCCCACUUCAGAAGCAUUACCCAUAGGUCUUAAGAUGCAAAUCAACUCUCUCCUGGUCGCUUUGCCAUCAAGGAACAUGCAGACCAGGGAACGUAAAGAAGAGAGACCGAGCUAAUUAACUAACUCAUGUUCAUUCAGCGUGCUUGGUUUGAUAUGCCUUGAAACCAGAAAUCUGAUCUCUGUUUAGGUGCCUCUACUCGGGAGCAGCAAGAGGAGAUGACAGGAAGCGACGCCUCUGGUAGGGCCCUUGCGGCACAGUUGGUGGAGAACAGACACCCACGUUCAAUCUCAGGUCUUCACGUGGUGGGGGGUGGGAGCUCAGAUGCACUGAAGUAGCCGGCAGUGAAGCCAGCCCGGAGGAGGGUCCCGCGGGGGGAGGGCAUGGUGUCAGGCUUGGGGGAUGGGUUCCUCACCCCGGGGUCCUCCAGCCCACCUGUCUGCGUUCCUUCUGUCUAAGGAAGCCCCUGGAUGACAAAGUAAGGGAGAGCUGCCCACAGCUUUUGCCAAGACAGACAUGCUUUCCUGCCAUCCCUCGCACAGUCAUAAAACAAAAUUUAGACUGAAAGAAAAAUAGACAAAUAAAAAGCCAGACUUUCCAUCCAAUAUUAAUACCCAUAUAAACCUGUGUAUUUGCAAGCGUGUGCAUGUACACACACACAUACACAUCCCACAGUCAACCCAGGUCUUUUCUGGUUUGCACCUGGCCCAAAUAAAGAGGGACCUGGUACCUUACCCUGCACGCAGUAGGCACUCUCUAAAUGCACAUUGAGUUGGUCUGAAUCGGGAUGUGGGUGCUGUCAGUUCAGGUAGUUUGCCAGUGUCGGCCACGUCCUGAGCUUCACUGAAGAUGCAGGUUGCUUCAAACACAAAACAGGGUGCUUUGCCCUGGGUAUGCACCAUGCUUGCUCUGAGAUGAAUGACAAGCCAAAAUUGGCAUUCUGGAGAGAUAAGCAGCCUUCUAAAAAUAACAGCUUCUGCAGAGUUUUCAUCUUAUAUCCAAACAAGCUGUGUUCCACUGGAGCGCAUGAUCAGGUGUAUGUGUGUGAGGGAAGGGGGGCGGGAUCUGUCCAUGCAAGCACACACAUGCGCCAACAGGUGCGACCCCAGGACACCUGCAUGAAUAGAAGUAUUGUCAGGGGGGUUUGCUCAGUGCUAUUUAUCCAGCAACAGGUUUACAGCCCCAGAUGUUAGGAGCGCAAAGGGGUCAAGUGCCUCACCUGAGAGCUGGGAGAAGUGAUGGUGAGUGGCCCAGCUGGUCCUUUCUACCUGACCUAAAACCACCUCAAAGUGUAAGGUUAUGAGGAUAAAGGGAGAUUCUAGGCAACCCUGUGGGUAAGAUAAGGUGACAGGGAUUUGUCAGUAUCCUGUUCCUGCUGUGCCACGUUAAUCUUGGUGCAGAAACUAUUGUAAUACAUCUCAAACUCCAAGGGACUCCAGAAACAUCCAGAGCCAGUGUACGACAGGCAUUGUGAGGAGAGGGCAUGGGGAUGCGUGAUAUUUUCCACACUCCAUCAUCUAACCAUGCAUAAUGUUUGUGAUGUGAAAACCAUCAUACUAAUCAUCACAUUUCUCAUUCUGAGGUCUUUGACGUCUGCUUGUGGGGACUUAAAUCAUACUGUAGGGAAUAUUUCAUCUGUUUAGGGUAAAAUAGAAAGGUGUCAUUUGUGGAUGGCUGUCCUGUUGGGUUUCACUUUGUACAGGACAUCGCCACUUUUCCAAAGGCAGAGUCUAGCUGUGAAGACUUUUCCUCUACAGCACUGGGCCUGGUCUUCUAAGGGCAAGGGAAUCAUCAGACAGCAAAAGGUAGACCACCCUAGAAAGGCCACUCUUUCAAGAAGAGCUGGUCUCUUGUUCAACCUCUUCUUAUAUCUCUUUUCAUUGCUGUGCUCUUCCCUUGAUGCCCUCAUUUUUAUCUUGAUAACUCCUUUGAGCACUUUCCUUGGUUGCUUUGCACACCAUAGAUGCCACACUUGCUGCUGGCUUUAACAUUUUUUUGCUUGUCCUUUUAACUAUUGAUUAUCUAAAAGAUCCCUCUCCUUUUUUAUGUCCCAGCAAUGGUGCUCCUGUUUUCAGUGACAGCUGAACAUAUAAACAGACCAAUAAGCAGAUGAAAUAACCAUGCGGUUUCUUUGUGGCGUUAGUUCAUUUCACAAAGAAAUGAAGUGAAGAGCGCUGACAGGUCAACCUGAACAUGCCAAUCCCAAUCAUCUAACCUACAGCCCUCAAUUCUUAGUUCCUGGUCACCCUUCCCAUUCCCCCGUAACCCUGUGAUGUGUGUGUGUGUGUGCACGUGCACACAAAUAGGGAUUUAAUCUGAAUUUCAAACAAAUGGCAUGCAAGAUUCCACUGCUACUCCUCCUGCCAAAAAGUGUGUGUAGACUGUCAUUGACCUAUCACCAUCUGUGGGUGACUCUUCUUUAACCCACCACUAAUGCUAUUCACUUAGGUAAAUCCUGAUGACCUAUAACCUAGCAACACUAGCAAAGAGAGUGGUUGGAGAUAUUUCCAGUAGCAGUAGCCACUGGCAUCCUAGAAACAUAUGGGCAUUUGUAGCAUGACUGGACCUAUUGGUAGUGCAAUAGCUACGUAUGGUUUUUAUCCUUGGCGAAAGAGUACUUACUCUUCGGGAAAAAGAAAAAGUGAUCAAAUCUGCAUGUUGAUCCUGCAGUGGUAAAUGGGAGGCUGCUUCUCUGUGCUGGUUUUUCAGCUUUAUGUGGGGAAGUUGCCCAUUCUCCUGCAAGUACAAUCAACCCUUGAUGACUUAGGUAUUGAUUAGGGUGUAGCUCACCCAGGUUUUCUUCCUACAGCCCAUCUUUUGGUUAAUUCCACUGAGCCUCAGCAUCUUAGUCAGAUGGGGAAAGGGUGCAGGUGGAUUCUCGUGCCAUGACUUCUUGUUCUGUAAUUUCAAGUUUGGUGGUGGAGGAGGUUUAAUUAUCUACUCAAGAAUUGGCUAUACAGAAAAACUAUUAAUUACAGUAACCUCACUCCAGUACUGAACUGAUUGAGUUCUGCCCACUCCUGGAAGGAUGACCCAGUGGCAGAGCCCCUACUAUAAUCCUUCUGAUAACUCAGUGUCAGGUAAAAGUACUCUAAUAUUCCCUAAAAUAUCUAGACACUUGAAUUAAAAAUACAGAGCCACCCCCUCAUCGCUUAAGCCAUAUUAUAGCUUCAUGUACUGUAAAGUCAGGGAUGUACUGUGAUACUUUAAGACCACUAAUCUCAGUGGAAUUUCAGGACAUAGCAUCAGUUGGUAAAUUACAGCAGACUAGGGAGUCACUCCUCCUUAGAUUGAAGUCCAAAUAAAAAUCUGCAUCUUUGGAUCAAAGACCACAUAUGUGUGAUCACCAUCAAUAAAUUUAUCAUGAAGUGUCUAUGAACUGCUCUUGCCAUCCUCAUAAUAUGUAACUUCAUGACAUCAUAUCUCUAGAAAUGCUUAAUGCAAUGCAAAAGAAUAAGAGGGGUAAGGCCCUGCAUCACCACUAACCUCUGACCUCAGCAAGUACCAGUGGUGUAACAACAAUCUCAUAACUGAAGAGGUAUAGAAAAUGUGUGUGCAAGUAAUUUCCAAAGUGCUGAGCAAGUGCGAACUGCUGUUAUUUAUUAAAGGCCAAGAAGAAACAGCAUUGAAGAAACAAUGAUUUUAAUAUAUAAUAUUUGAGGCUUUCCCCCUUAGAUUUUUGAUAAUUUCUUGUGAAUAAGUAAUGAUGGAAGAGAAGAAAACUAGAGACGCAGAAUCAGAAUAAAUAAAACUCUAACACUGGAUCCACAUCUUUGGCCAAUGAAUAUAACCACCUCAUACCUCAAUUUCUCUAUGCUUAAAAUGAAGGUAACAGUUAAUAUUCCUAAGUACAAAGUAUUCAAUAGAUUUUAAAAUGAAAUCACUAUUGCCAACAACAGCAGCCCAGACUGACUCUGGCAAGUGCACACUUUGAUGUUGCCUCUGAAUGUAGUCAAUAGUUACCAAAAAGUAAUUCUUACAUAUCAACCUAUGUGAAAUUAGCAGGGAGAAGUAUGGGAUUAGCACAUAGUUCCAGGACCUCUCUCCUUCAGAGCAUACCUCAACAAACAGUGCACCCCAAAUUAAGAACCAGUGUUUCAUCCCAGAACCCAUGGUGUUGCUACCAUCACAGUACCGCAACUGAGACACUAUGAAGUCAUUGCACUACCAGUAGGUUACUGCUCUUUUAAAGUUACUGCUUUUAAAUCCUAAAGUACGUCCCAGUUCUACACAAUCAUCCUACUUCCCUGGAUGUUGCUUAGAAGCAGAUGAAGGCUCCAUCAGUGGCCAUUUGGCUGCCCCUAUUGACUCUGCGGCAUUCGGUUUCAGUACCUUAGACAGCUAUCUGGUGGCUUCCUGGUAGGCGGGAACAGCCCCUUCCCUUCCCUGCAGCCAGUCAGCUUAAUGACGCCCUGGACAGUAUCCCUUCCUUCUCUACUGCCGCCAAAGUAAACACUGUGGGAACGGGAUCAUUGAUACCACUAAGAAAGGAAUGUUACAGGGACAGCAAUAUUAAGUGUCUGCCUCUGGCAGUAGAAUAUAGGUGAGCGCUCUUCAUCCUGAAAGCUUGUGCCAGGCUGUGUGAAUAGUAAACAGUAAACUCCUGUCAGACAAGUAAUAUGUAGAUUUUUACUAAAAUAGACCGAAGCUUAUUAAAAGUACUCAGUGCAAUGGUAUAUAAAUACAUACAGAUAGAGAAAAAAAAUAACUGUGAUCUUUUUUUCUUACACCAUUACUGGAAAUGCCCAAACGUGAACUGGAGUUCCCUCUGAACAAAACCAUUAUCAAAUCAUCAACGUAUGACCUCCAAAUCUAGGUGCCAAGUGCCCUGCCACAGUUGUUUACACACCUGAGAAACGUGUUCUGGAAGCUGUACUCUUGGGCCUGGACCAUGUGUUGAAACAAACAAAAGAGACGUUGUGACCAACCAAGCUGAUGGAGGAAAAGCACAAAAUUCAACACCAACCUAUAGUUCGGAUCCCAAAGAGAUGCUGAAUUUAUAGCCAAAAAAAAAAUUAUAUAUAUAUAUAUAUAUAUAUAUUGACAAAGCAAAUAUCAAUCUGAUCGGAACAGCCAACAUCCAAGUUCACCGAAGAAGGACAGGGAAUAAACAACAUUCUCUAGCUGUGUCAUAUUGUCUCAGUCUUUGAAUCUCAACCAGGACUGAUCCACCUUCAUCAGACACACUUUUUAAUGGCGCAACAACUCAAUGCUGGUCCCAGACUCUCCAUUCUGCACUGACCAGAAGAGAACAACAAAAGAGAGCAACAGAUGUUAAUGGAGGAAACAUUUUCAUGGUGAACUCAGAAACUGAUGUGUUUAUAUUCAGAAUCAGAUGAGCUUCAAUAUGAAUUUGCAUCUUGCCUCUGUACUGCUUGCUAUUUUUUAAUGAUAGGAGAAAGUAUAACAGUUUAUUUUAAAUAUGAAAUAUAUUGCUAUAUUAUAAAAUAUAUUGUAACUUUCAACUAACAUUUUGUAUCAAACUAGUCUUUAGCAGGUCCGGUGUCAGCCUGCUCUCCCAACGACUGUUUCUGAGUACACAUCACUGUUAGUGAUUCCCUGACACCCAGACCAAGGGUCCUCAGCCUACAGAACUGCCAUAUUCUAAUUCUCUGAGACGUGACUAUUAGACACAAAAGAACAUUGUUCCAGCUUAGAUGACUAAUUCUACCCUAAAUUCUUUCAAGCCAUUUCAGAAGAGAUUUUAAAAGCCAUCACUCCUUUAGUAGCUGUGCAAAGCCAGUUUAAUAAAAGUGCAGGCUCUUUCUAUAUAAAUGCAAAGAACCUCUUCCAUAAAUGACAUGUCUCAAACACAGUCAAUUGGUGUUUCCUUUGGCAAUUUCAGAAUGGGGCAUAAGGAAGAGUCUUGUUCUCCUGUGACACAAGAGACUCAAAAUUCUAGGCAUUAUAAGUUUCUCUGUGUCAGAGUAUAACUGGGAUGGGAAUUCCAUUUACCCGGGGCCCAAUGAGAGGCCGGUGUGCAGGUGUGCUUUCCUGAGUCAGCAGUGCCCUAGAGGGUGCGGGGUUUGCACAUGUUUAUCCACAACACUGAGCACAGCUCCUGAGGGACUGAGGGGAAGAGGCGGGACACGCAGAGAGCUGGGCUUCCUUUUCUGCUAGUUUACUCCAGCUGGGAGGAAGGAAGAGUUUCAAUCAAGAUAUUUUCCUUUACUGGCAAAAUUGUGGCAAAUUCUCUACUUUGGCAACUAUGACAUCCAUGCCCCACCUUCUCUGAGACACACGUGUAGAAUUUCUCACUUCCCUCCUUUGACUGACCAAAGGACUAUUUGUAGAUGAAAACAGGAUGUGUUUGGUUAUAGAACAGAGGUUUCCUAGAAUCAGUGGGCCUCCUCCCAACGAGGACCCUCAUGUGUUACCAUCACUCCGUAUAGUAUUGCACAGGUGCAAACCAAGUAGCAUCAGGGUAGAUUCAACUGAGUAUGCGCAUCUCUUCCCUUCACAAUCUCUGACGACUCACCCAGAUAUACUGAUAGUGCAAAAUGGCAGGUUUUCUCCUGGGAAAGAGGCUGGAACCCUCUCACACUUCCAUUCAUUUGAGCUUAAAUAUAGGUGAGGCUGGGGCUUCAAUGGUAUUAGUCAUGCCAUUCGAAAGAGAAAUAUCUAAAUGCCCAGUUUCAAUCUGCCUGUGUAGCUGAGACCUAACUUGGACACACAUUUUAUUCUUAUUGAGCUGAGUUCUCUCAGUUCUCUCUCUCUCUGUACUGCUCCUCAUAACAUGUUAGGCAGAGCUUCAUUAAAGCCAUCAGAACACCAGGGCACCAGUUUUUAGCAAGUUACUCACUCACUGGGUGAUGGAAAUGAGUUUUUCUCAAUUUUAUAAUUGACCGAUGAAUGGACUGGUGGUAAUUGAUUUAUCUCGUAAUACUUUUCUGCUACUAAAUAGAACUGGCUCUUUUGGCUUUUCCUUCUAGGCUUUCUCAGACUAAGACUUGUACAUUUAUAGAGAGUGUUCUGAUUUUCUACUCAAAGUUAUUAUUCGAUCUAGAGUCAAGGGAACCAAUACAAAUUCCUGAUUUUGGGAAAACAGACCUUUUGACAGUAAUUCAGGUAUAUAGCUAUAUGCUAACUCUUGCUAGUCAAAGCCUGGUCCAUGGACUGGCAGCAUUACCAUCACCUGGGAACUUGUUAGAAAUGCAGAAUAUCAGGCCCCACACCAGACCUACUUAAUCACAUUGGGCAUUUUAACAAGGUCCCCAGGGGAUCUGUAUACAUAUUAAAUGUUGAGAAUCACUGGCCAACAAAAUUAAUAAUCAGAAGAUCAAGCCAUUUCUUCCUUGACCCUCAUCUACAGAAUUAUUUGAGGAAGUAAAGGUCCUCUAUGAUCAUAAUGAUAAAAACAAAUGUAUCUUAAAAUUCCCCUUGAGGUCAUAUAGCUUGGGUGGUGUACACAGAGAAGCAGUCUUUUCCCAGUCUAAUUUUAAAAGUACUCACUUCAUUGCCUUGAGCCACGUCAAAGCACCUUUUUAAGGUUUUCAUUUUAGUGUACGCUGGCAGGGCCAUCAGAAUAUCAGGUGGCUCCUCAGGGCAGGUCCCCUGGAAGGCCACCUGGCUUUCUGCUCAGCAUAGUACAGAAAUAGCUGCAUCUGUGUUCCUUCCUUGAGAAACUCACCAUCCCACCAGUGGGAACCCUCCUCCCUACAGGAAACUAGCAAGAGAAGUUAGUUUAACCAUCUAGAAACAUUCCUAAUCUCUUUUAAAACCAAGCCUCUUAUUCGUUACGCCAACCAGACACUCCGAAGUAAGCAAGGAAAGAUGUGAAUUGUGAUAUUGGCGCCAUAAAUCGAUAUGUACCCAGAAACAGUUAUGUUCUGAAUUAAUGGCUUUAACCUGUUCAUUGUAAAAAGUGCCUUGGACUUCAAUCUAAAGAGGUCAGUAUAAAUAUCUAUGUGUGUGUGUGACAUAUGUAGGCAAAUAUUUACAUAUUUAUACGUACAUAGGUGCACACACAUAUACCCGCACAUUCAUAUAUAAUAUAUACAUACAUAUAUAAAUGCUUCAUUAUAUAUCAUAUUGCUAUUCGCAGCUCCAUUUCUUUUGUCUGGUCCUAUGUUUAUUUGUUUAGUGAGACCUUUACAUAGAGAGGUUCUAUUCAGGACA